AUGAAAAAUUAGGCUGUACAGACAAUUGAAACUGGUGCUAUAUUUUGUUUUUAACCUUUAGAAAUAGUUGAACCAAAAGGAUUAAUAAUACCAAAUCCCAUUGUUAAAAAGAGGACUAAAUUGCAGAGAUCAUCUUUAACUGAUGAACCUCUUCCAUACUUAAAACCACUAAAAUAAAAUAACCAAAUAAAAUUAAGGCAAUUGCUAUUACCAAAUAUAAAAAUUUAAGAAAAGCCAUAAAUAACUAAACGAAGUGAUAAAUAUUAAUCGAUAGAACAGAAUUCUUAAUAAAUUUCUAAUUGCGUCAUGAAGCUAAGAAGAUACUCUCAUUAUGAUUUUAUUUCCAGAACAGAUAGAACACUCUCAUUAAAGCCAACAUAAAGUUUGGUUACUAGCAGAGCCUACAUUAAGUAAAUUUGA